AGAUGAAGGCGCUCAGGAUGGUUCUAUCAGUGCUGCUGCUGGUUCUGGUGCAGUCCGGCGCGUUUUACGCACGGAGGUUCCGGGGCGGCCGCAACCCGCAGCAGCAGCGGCGCGCGCCGCCUCCUCCCACGCACCGGGCGGACCGCGGGGACACCACGGAGAGCUUCCCGCUGGACUUCACCGCAGUGGAGGACAACAUGGACAACUUCAUGACGCAGGUGAAGAACCUGGCGCAGUCCCUGUACCCGUGCUCCGCGCAGAAGCUCGACCACGACAUGAAGCUGAACUUUUUGCUGAACACGUCGGUCACCUGCAACGACGGGAGUCCUGCUGGGUAUUACCUGAAAGAGUCUCGGGGCAGCAGAAGGUGGUUGAUAUUCCUUGAAGGCGGCUGGUACUGCUUCAACAAGGAGAACUGCGACAGCCGCUACGAGACCAUGAGGAGGCUGAUGAGCUCCUCCAAGUGGCCCCAGACUAAAAGAGGCACGGGGAUCCUGUCUCCGCUGCCUGAGGAAAACCCUCACUGGUGGAAUGCAAACAUGGUGUUCCUCCCCUACUGCUCCAGCGAUGUGUGGAGCGGCACCGCGGCCAAAACAGAGCAGAGUAAGAAACUGCAAAAAAAAAUGCUCAUGAUGAUCAGGGGCUUGUGUUCCAAAGAUGAACUCUGUUGACGUCGUGUUGCAGGUGGUUACGCCUUCAUGGGCUCACUGAUCAUUCAGGAGGUUGUGAAAGAUCUGCUGAGCAAAGGGCUGGACACCGCCAGGGUCCUCCUGUUGGCAGGAAGCAGUGCGGGCGGCACUGGCGUUCUUCUGAACGUGGACCGUGUGUCCGAGCUGCUGGAGGAGCUGGGCCACGGCGCCGUGCACGUGCGAGGCCUCUCCGACUCCGGCUGGUUCCUGGACAACAAGCAGUACCACUGCGCCGACUGCGUGGACACGGCCAGCUGCACCCCCACGGAGACGAUCAAAAGAGGAAUCAAAUACUGGGGAGGUGUGGUGCCAGAGAGGUGCAAACAAACCCACGACGGGGAGGAGUGGAACUGCUUCUUUGGAUAUCGAGUUUUCCCAUCUAUUAAAAGCCCGGUGUUUGUGGUUCAGUGGCUGUUUGAUGAGGCCCAGCUGACGGUGGACAACAUCCAGCUGACGGGUCAGCCUGUGCAGGAAGGCCAGUGGCGUUACAUCCAGAAUCUGAGCAUUGAGCUGAGGAACACACUCAAAGAUGUCCCUGCCAUGUUUGCUCCAGCUUGUCUCUCACAUGAAGUCAUCACCAGAAGCUACUGGAUCGAUGUGCAGGUGAAAGGCACCUCUCUGCCCCGAGCUCUGCACUGCUGGGACCGCAGCCUCCACGACAGCAGGAACAACAAGGCGCCGCCCAGGGCCUGCCCCGUGCACCUGAUCGACAACUGUCCCUGGCCUCACUGCAACCCCACCUGCCCCACCAUCCGAGACCAGUUCACAGGGCAGGAGAUGAACGUCAUCCAGUUCCUCAUGCACAUGGGCUUCGACGUGCAGAAGAUGGCCCAGCAGCAGGGCAUGGACCCGAGCAAGCUACUGGGCAUGCUCAGCAGCGGCAGCUAAAGCGGGCACGCAUUAACACGCUAAGCUAAACAGAGCUGGAUACUGGGCCAGUCUCCCAUAACCAAUACCUCCAUCUCACUUCACAUCCACUCCUACCUGUUGCCUGUUCACCUUUGACCUCUGUCAGCCCACGUUUCAGUUUGAUCCCCCAAUAGCUGCACGACAAGGCACUAUUUUCUGCUACUCCUUGGAAAAUCUUUUGUUUUGUAAAAGAAAACUACAACGAAUGUAUUCCAGUUUUAAGGAUGCUAAUUGAUAUUUUCCUCUGUGUUUAUUUCAUCCUAAAUCCUGAAAUAAGAUUUAGUUCAUGCAGAAUCGAUAACAAAACCAUAUUUUUUCAGGACUUUAAGGGUUUAAAUAAAAUAAAGGACAUAAAGUGACGCAGUUAGCAGAAACAGGGUAAAGUGAUGAAGAAAGCACUCAAGAGGAACUUUUUAUAGCUCUGAAACGAACGCAAAGGCAGAACUACUUCUUACCUUUCAAAACGAAUCUAAAAUAAUAAAAUAUAUAUGUAAGUAGAUAACUUUAAGUUAUUAUAUUUAAGAAAUAAUAAUAAAAAAAAAAAAACAAUCCAACUGAGAUAUAUCUACUUCAGGUGGCUCCAAAUGUAUCAUAAAAUCAGUUUUUGUCUGAAAUGGUGCUAAAGUGGGCCUGAAGACACAUCAUCAUCAUCACCAUAUAGUGCCAUUACAGCUAGUCUUUACCUCAAACAUUCAUAUUGGAUAAUCAAUUUAAUAUUCAAUAUCCAGUCUUUGGUCUUUACCUCUUUCUCGUGGACGAUAUUGUCAUUAGAGGAACGUUCGAACCUGAUUGGAGGAUCCACGUCUGUCAGGUCCCCUCAGCAAUUCGGUCCUCAGAUUCAGCGCACACUGAACAUUUAAAGGGAGACAAAUAUUGUGUAUUUGUAUUUCUUUUUUUGAGUACUUGUAUAGUGUUUUUUUUUUUUAAGUGUUCAUCGUUGUAACUCCCUUCUUAUAUUUCAUUAUAGAGAUCACACAUUAAUAUAAAGACAAUGUUGUAUGUAAUAACUUUUUAAAUCAUGUUUGUAAAGGAACUUCCAUAUUUUGCAUCACGCCAAGAAAAAAAAAAGAAAAAAAAAAAAAAGAAGAAGUAUUACUAAAUGUAAUUUUAUUCUGUAACAUAUUUUUUUAAGUGAGAAAAAUAUUAACUCAAGCUACAUUGGUAAUUUUACAUAUUUAUUUUGUUAUGUAAAUCAUAUUUAUAAGUGCUAUUUUCUUCGCAGAGAAGUGAUUCUUUGUAAAUUGUAAAUACGUUGCUGUUUUUUUUUUUGUGUGUCGACUGCAUGUCUUUGUAUCACACCUGAAAGGAAAAAGAUGUAUUACAUAUACUACAAGUUACUUAUUUCCAACCAGUCUCCUCGUUAUUUAUUAUAAUAUUCAAAAGAAACGGUGGUUACAAUGGUGCUAGAAAAGUCCUUUAUAUCAUUUUGAA